AAACAAUCGUGAGUUAUUUAUCUGGCGCUCGUAAAGAUAGAGUGAAUACUGAGAAAAAAUAGAAAUACUCCAUUUAUAAUAUGAUUGCAAACGAUUUAUUUCGUAAGCUUACGUGUGGCGCCAAGUUUACAAACAAAAACAAACUGCCAGUCAAGCGAAAGCUCGAAAGUGUCGGUACAGGUACGGUUGCAAAAGCACAGGCACAUUUGAAGGAGGAAUCGGACGACGAUGGGCAAGAUGUGAACCAACCUACUGGAAGCAUAUCUCCAGCAAACCGUACGGAAAUUAAAAGCGAAGCUUCAUCAUCCGGCGAAUCCGAAGACGAAGAGCAGAAGCAAACGAAAACGAAAGAGAAAAGCACGGGAAAGCUAAAGCAAAAUAACGUACACCGAGUGAACCAGCUACGCAAUGAGUUUAAAAUCCACGUAAAAAAAAGCCGCCACAGUCCAGAAGUGCCCAGUAUCAUAGAAACGUUUGAUCAGCUUACCACACACUGCGGAGUGUCGAACCGGCUAGUUUCAAACAUACUGGCCUGCUAUAGCAAACCGACACCGGUACAAAUGCAAGCCAUUCCCAUACUACUCAAAACGCACUCGUUGCAUGCGUUCGCUCCUACGGGCUCUGGCAAAACGGCAGCCUUUCUCAUUCCGAUUCUGCAUCAUCUGAAAAAACCGAUGAAGUGUGGCUUCCGCGCUCUCAUCAUUUGUCCCACGCGCGAACUGGCCAAGCAAAUUCAACGCGAAGCAUUACGCUUGGGUGAUGAAAUGAACAUACGCACCCACGUUAUUCAAACGGUAGAUAAUCCAAAGAAAAGUGAUUAUAGCUUCAAUAGUGGCCGCAACUAUGAUAUACUGGUGACGACACCGAAUCGGAUCUGUUACUUGCUUGCACAAAAUCCACCGAAAAUCGAUCUAAGCAACAUUCAAUGGGUAGUGAUCGAUGAGGCGGACAAACUGUUCGAGGAUUCUAAAAACUCGUUUCGCGAUCAGCUCGAUACGGUGCUCACUGCGUGCAACAACCCAACCAAAACGAUGGCUCUCUUUAGCGCGACCCAAACACGGGAGGUAAAUUUGUGGGUUGCCAAAAAUGUUCCCAAUCGCAUCCGCUUUUCCGUCGGUCUUAUGAACGGUGCGGUCGAGCUGGUCGAGCAAAAGCUUCUCUUCACGGGUAGUGAAUCUGGCAAAUUGCUUGCGUUCCGUGAGAUAGUAGCACAAGGUUUCCAUCCACCGGUGUUAGUGUUCGUACAGAGCAAGGACCGCGCUCAGCAGCUAUUCACGGAACUGAUCUACGAUGGGCUUAACGUGGAUGUGAUACACUCCGAUCGUACGCAGCGCGAACGGGACAAUGUCGUGCGUGGUUUUCGUGAGGGAAAAAUUUGGAUUCUCAUCUGCACGGAGCUCAUGAGUCGCGGUAUUGAUUUUAAAGGUGUCAAUUUAGUGGUUAACUACGACUUUCCUCCCUCGACCAUCUCUUACGUGCAUCGUAUCGGGCGGACGGGUCGCGCUGGUCGACCGGGGAAAGCCGUUACCUUUUUCACUAAAGACGACACAGUCAAUCUGAAGAGCAUUGCACAUCUGAUAAAAUCUGCUGGCGGUGAAGUGCCUGAUUAUAUGCUUCAACUACACGGCAGCAGUAAGCGGGCCCGGGAUAAUUUAGCGCGCAAAGCACCAAAGCGAGCUGCCAUUCGAACGCUUCCUACGUUCGAAUUUCAGCAGCUACAGCGCAAGAAGCGUUUUGUUUCCAAAAGUAAAGGCAAAACCAAACCAACAAGCUGUUCGAGUGUUAAAACUAAUGAAGGCGUUAAGAAACCCACUCGUUCAAAGAAUGCUGGGUGCAAGAAAUAAAAACAAGUUGAAUCUACUCUUGAAAAAGUUUCUUACCUACCAACUACGGGUACAUUACAUCGCAGAAUAGAAAGAAAGAACAAUGCAUUGAUACUGCACUAAAGUGUAAAGGCAAGGACUGAGUUACUGCAUUAACCGGAUACGGAGAUUAAAUAGUACGCCAAUGACACACUCCCCGCAGAUGACAGCGAUCUACACACGACGGGAUAGAAGCGCUAUGUGGUAAAAUGAAGUUCAGUAAGCAAUAGCACACAUGACCUAAUAGGUCGUAAAGCCAAAGAGAAGACUGCAAAAUUACCCGUUGCGUUAUAGAGAACCGCCUUACCGUAACCGUAAUUACUACAGAAUCGAACAGCAGACAUAAAACCUCCAACCGGAAAUGAACGAAGAUGGCUGGUAAACAUUGAAGAAAAAUUAAAAGGACAGCUGCAAUACUUACACAUAUCCCUGCUGACAUAUGGAACCGUCCAGUCAGGUCAGGAGGUCAAACAUCAAAUUUCUUCAGCGAAAACUGUGCGGAAAGGAAGGUGUGCAGAUCUCUUUCGAACAAUUUCGAUUGAGCUUAGAACAUUGAUUGAAACGACAUUCUUCAACGUUACAAGCCAGGUAGUAGUGGAUGGAAAACUCUCAGGAACUAUUGCCUUAAUCGAUUCUGCUGAUCCUGCUUCGGUUCAAAUUAGACAUCCUGGGGCGACGUUCGUACAAACACAAUUCUCUCAAGACAACCGCAACAAAUUGCUAUUAUGAAAACAUGUUUGGGUCGUUAAGUUUUUGGCUUCCGCAAGUUUGACAAAAGCAUUAUUUUUAAAAUAUGACCCUUGCAUCACCGUAAACAAUUGUCAAUAUCAUUCAUUUUUAACUGUUAGAAGGUAAUGUGAUGAUAUUUUCAGAAGAUUUCAUAAGAAAAAUACAUAAGUCCUUAAGCAGCGGAUAAUACGGCAAUAUUUGUACAAGCAGUCCCCAAGAUACGCGGUGUUUGGAAAUGUGAUAGUUAAGUUAGUAUAUAGCACAAAAUCUAAGCAGAAAUGUGAAAUAUUUUCGAAAAUGCCUUCCUUUCUCAAAUAAAACAUAUGUUUUUAAUUUAUUCUAAUGUGUAGCGGUCCGCUAGAGUAUCUCGGGGACGGCUUGUACAUACAUUUAAGUUCGUACAGAAACAUUUAUUUAUUCCCUUCAGAUAAAUUCUGAUCUAAUAUACUUACAUUUUGGUUAGACGAGUGAAUUUGGCGCCUUUCGGUGACUAUCAGCUAACGGAAAACUGUUCGUCAAAUACGGGCCUAUGUUUGUGUUAGAGAAUAUAUACUCUUGGUAUUGCGAUUUAUUUUAUGUAUAUAUAAAUAUUCUUCUGUUCAACGA